GAGAGGGGUUGCUGCGGCUGUCAUGGCGUCCGGGGGGAACGGCGGGAGCGGAGCCGCCGCUGCUGCUGCUGCUGUUGCUGCUGCGGGCGCGGAGCCGCUGCAGGGUGAAGGCGUUGGGCGCGCGGAGGGCGGCGGCGGCUCCGGCUCCGGCUCGGGCUCGGGCUCGGGCUCGUGCGCCUCCUCCCUGUCCGCGAGCUCCGAUGACCUUGAGCCUGAAUGGUUGGAUGGUGUCCAGAAAAAUGGGGAAUUAUUUUAUUUAGAAAUGAGUGAAAGUGAAGAAGAAACUUUACUUCAGAACACCUGUCCAGAAAUUCCAGCAGUGAAUCAUGUCAGGUUUCGUGAAAAUGAAGCUGAAGUUAUUCAGGAAGGAUCACGAAAAGAAAGAAAGUAUGAACUGAAGAAAUUGACAAAAAUAUUAAAAAAGAAGAAUCUUUUACCAAAGCAUUCUGGUAAGAAAGGGAGUGGAAGCUGUAACGUGCACUCCACUGGUCCUACUUCCAUACUGAAACACCAAUCCACGCAGAAAACGGGUGUCACUGUUCAGCAAAAAUACAAAGAUAUAUAUGUUUAUGUAAAUCCCAGAAAACUGUACGGUGCUGGAGAAGAUGAGCAGCACAGGCUUCUGGAGGCCUUGGUAGGGAUAGUACAUCAGACAUCAUGGAGCAGCAGACGAGCAGAAAAACAAGGCAAGAAGGAUAAAGUCAUCAGAGGAAUCAGUGAAGAGAAGCUUGUAGUGCAUGGCUUGGUGCCAGGUAGUUCAGCAAUGAAAACGGGUCAAAUACUGAUUGGAGAUGCUCUAGUUGCUGUAAAUGAUGUUGAUGUGAAUUCUGAAAACAUAGAAAGGGUUUUGUCUUGCAUUCCAGGUCCUAUGCAGGUAAAACUCACAUUCGAAACAUCAAUAUUUGAGGCUGAAGGAACAUCUCAGCAAAGGAGUAAGCGGGCACAGUCAAGUAUGAACAACCUGGUUCGGCUUUUGUGGGGGGAAGACAGCGCGGACCUUCAACAGGUGACACGAGAUGUGCCUCAUAUUGUUAUGUUCCUCUCGCUGAAACUGGACUCGGAAACAUCUAAGGAUGAGCAAGAAAUUCUUUAUCAGUACCCCAUAUCGGAAGCAUCCCAGAAACUCAAAAAUGUGAGGGGAAUAUUUCUCACGCUCUCUGACAUACUGGAAAGUGUUACUGGUACCCAGAUUAUCAGUUCCUCCCUUUUCGUAUGUGGAAAACUGGUUCAAGUUGUUUACUGGAAAGAAUGUGACAAGUUGCUUGUAAUUGGCCUUCCUGAAGAAAAUGUGCCACUUACCCAGUUAAGGACCAUGUUGGAAAAUGUUGUCAGGACCUUAAAAUUUAUGUACAGCUCUUUAGACAGUGCUUUUUGCCAGGUGGAAAAUGUUUCUCGUCUGGAUCAUUUUUUCAACCUCUUCUUCCAGCGAGCACUUCAGCCUGCAAGACUCAGCUCAAACGCCAGCUCCAGUGCUCAACACUAUGAUACCUUCAGUGCCUUAUUCUUAGAUAAUCUCCCAGGCUUGCGCUGGCUGACACUGCCUCAGGAAAUCAAGAUGGAAAUUGACACAGCACUGAGUGAUCUUGAAGCAGCUGACUUUGCAGAACUGUCUGAAGAUUACUACGACAUGAGAAGAUUAUAUGUGAUUAUGGGCUCUUGUCUCUUCUACAAGGGUUACUUGAUCGGUAAUCACUUGCCAAAGGAAGAUCUUAUUGAUAUAGGUUUAUAUAGCCGGCACUAUUGUCUGUUACCCUUGGCAGCAGAACAGAAGAUUGGUCAGUUAGUGAUAUGGCGGGAGGUAUUUCCACAGCAUCACAUCCAGCCAUGCGAAGUGUCAAGUUUUACAGGAUACAGAGAACCUGAAGCAAGAUACUUCUUAUUGAUAGUUGGCUUGAGACACUUCAUGCUGUGUGUUCUGCUAGAGGCAGGAGGCUGUGCAUCAAAAGCCAUUGGGAAUCCAGGACCAGACUGUAUAUAUGUAGAUCAGGUCAAAGCCACUAUACUUCAGCUGGAAGGAAUAGAUGCCAGCAUAGAGGAAAGGCUAGAUUCUCCUUCCAUUCCACCUUUAUCUUGUGCAGACUGGUUCCUUCCUGCAACACGUGACAAACUGGAGAGCUUGACCACCUCACCCAUCCUAAGCAAGAUACAAAAUGCUUCCAAAACAGUAACUACUCCAGCAAGCAAAAGGACCCUGUUUGGUGACUCUUCCUUAACAACACGUAAGCCGAGCCCUACGAGAAGCAGUGGAGGACCUGACCAUGGCAAUGAAGGUCCUGCAGAAGAUGAAAGCAGUAAUCCACAAGCUGUAGCCGAUCAGGUCACUAGAAAAAAGCAUACACUACCAAAUCCAUUUAAUUUAGGAAACCCUAAAAAGAACUUGUCAGAGAAGGAUAUAGAACUCUUUAACUCUAUCAAGUUGACAUCUGGUCCUGAGAAUACCCUCUUCCACUAUUUAUCUUUGGAAACAAUGCAAGGAAUCUUUAUUACUCCAACUCACAAGGAAGUAGCACAGCUUGGUGGCUCCAUCCACCCGCAGUUAAUCGAGAAUUUUCAUCGUUGCUGCCUUUCAAUUCGCUCAGUUUUUCAGCAGUCCAUGAAAAAAGAAAAGAAGAAGAAAGGCAGCAAGAUUUCAGAAUUUAGUACAGCAGAUGAAGACCUAGAUCUGAUAAGAGAACAUGGAGUCUUGUUUGAAUGCUCUCCUGACAACUGGACUGAUCAAAAGAAACCACCACCAACAAUGAGUUACUGGGUUGUGGGGAGACUCUUCCUGCAUCCAAAACCUCAGGAGUUUUAUGUCUGUUUUCAUGACUCAGUCACGGAAGUUGCUGUUGAACUGGCCUUUAAACUGUCCUUUGGUUUAGCUACAUAGACGAGCUUCAUGAAUAUUCAGCCAUCCUUGUUGUCUCUUUAAAGUACUUAAGUAUAACGAGAAAAUAACUCAACUGUGGUAUCCACCUAUAGCAUAUCUUUGAAAUGCUUUUAAGAAAGUAAAUCGACAUCGUGGUAUGACACAGGUGAAACUUCAGAGAUGAUUCCAAUGACCUCAUCAAUUGAAUACUUAAAAAGUUUUCAGAGAACCAAAGUUCUUAUUUUUAUAUAGUGCCAAAUUAUUUAUCCCAAUUGUAACUUUAUUAUAUGAAAACCUCACAUAAUUUGUACGUUCACUGCUGUUCAGUGUACAGUAUUCAGUGUAAAAUGAGUUGAUAUCCUCAAAGUGCUCUGUGAAUAUUUGGCACUCACCGAUGGGGAAAAAUAUAUUUACCUAUUAAUGAAGAUUUUGUACCUCUAAGGGCAUAAAAAAUACUGAAAUGUAUUUAGUAACAUUAUGUUAAUCAACACAGAAAAAUCUUUUAGCAGAUUAAUGGCAUUUAGCCACACAAAACUGAUGUCUUACAUUUUUUGCCAGUAUAGUCUGCUGCACACCCAAGGCCUAUAGCGUGAGUGAUGUUUUACUUGAUUUCAUGAUUUUUAUUGUAAAUAACACAUUUGUUAAAAAAACAGUUUUGAAGGCACAAAAAAGAGGUGCAGAGGGUGAUAUUUUUGUGUAUGCAUGCAUAGCUACUUUGUAUUAUAAUCAUAAUUUCUUAAUAAAAAUGUUUAUUUUUCAAAGACCAGUACAGUGCUACUCUAUUU